AUGGCAAUCUCAUCCCUCAAUAAACUCUCCCUUGUUUUCUUCAGCCUCUUUGUUGUGCUGCAUUUUCAGCUAAAUGUUGCUUUUGAUUCUACUCAAGAAGCACAAACUCUUCUCAAAUGGAAGGCCAGCCUUCAAAACCACGACCAUUCUAUCCUCCCUUCAUGGACUCUUUAUCCUGUUAAUGCUACCAAUAAUUCUACUCAACACAGAAGCAAGAUAAGCCAUUUUAUCACUACACAAAUUGGUAAUCUCUCCAAACUGAAGUAUCUUGACUUGCAAACUAAUCAAUUUUCUGGGAAAAUACCAACUGAAAUCGGUCUCCUUACAAAUCUUGAGACCCUCCACCUAGAUGAGAAUCAGUUGAAUGGUUCAAUUCCAGAAGAAUUAGGCCAGCUAAGUUCUCUUAUUGAACUGGCUAUCUACAGUAACCGCUUGGACAGUUCAAUUCCUACUUCUUUGGGAAAUUUGAGCAACUUGGCUUGGUUGUCUCUUUCUAAUAAUUCACUUUCUGGUUCCAUUCCUCUAGAGAUGGGAAACCUCUUGAAUCUAGUUGAACUUUACAUCGAUACCAAUAGCUUAACUGGUCCAAUCCCCUCAAGUCUUGAAAACGUUACAAAUCUAGAAGUCUUAUACAUGUUCCACAACCAACUCUUUGGUUCCAUUCCUCCGGAAUUAGGAAAUUGGAGUCUCUCACUAACAUUAGUCUUCAAAGCAACAAUCUUUCAGGAAAUUGGAAAUUUCAUGAAUUUGGUUAUGUUGGAAAUAGACCAGAACGGCUUCAUUGGUUCUUUACCCCAUAAUAUAUGUCAUGGUGGUUCACUUGAGAGGUUCACAGUGAAACGCAACCAUCUUCAAGGUCCAAUUCCCAAAGGCUUGAGAAAUUGCACAAGCCUAAAGAGACUCUUCCUGAAAAAAAAUGAAUUUGUUGGUGAUAUAUCAAAAGAUUUUGGCAUCUAUCCACACCUCGAGUACUUAGAUCUCAGCCAAAAUAAUUUUCAUGAUGAAAUCUCGUCUAAUUGGGCAAAGUGUCCAAAAUUUGGCAUGCUAAAGAUUGCAACUAAUAAAAUUACUGAUAGCAUUCCAGCUGAGCUUGGAAACUUAACAAAACUUAGUAGACUUGAUCUUUCUUCAAAUCUUCUAGUUGGAGAGAUUCCAAAAGAACUUGAAAAGUUGAGUCUGCUAGAGAUGCUAGUUUUGAAUGGGAACAAACUUGUUGGAAAUAUAUAUGAGGAUUUUGGCAUCUAA